CUUAUCGUUCCGAAACACUGGUUUGCCAAGCAUUAACUUUCAAAAACAAAAACCCGCUGAACGUCCAGAGGUGCUUCGUGAGGAAUUCGCCAAAACUAUAUUCCAGAACAUUCCUGAGUCGGAUUAUGCUGCCUCGGUAUCAAAAGCGUUUCUAUCAACUUAUAAAUCAUACCUGUCCAUCAAAAGUGUUACGGGAUUUAAAGCGAAUUGCAACUAAUACUUAUUCCACACAAGCUCUAGGUUUAAACAAGUCGGUUUAUUCGCUUGGAGAUGAUAUAAAGGUACAUAUUAUACUGUUUGACGGAUAUGGAAAACGGCUCACACAAGGAGGAGAUAUUCUCCGUAUUUGGUUAACCGGGCACAUCACAGAAAACCAGUGUAAAUGGUUACGUCAUCGAUCACGGGAAUGGAUCAUAUACCGGUCACGUUAGGGCUUUAUGGACAGGUAAAUCUGUCAUAAAAACGUCGAUAGCCGCAACUAAAGAGCAGAUUGCAAUUGUUCAAAAUUACAUAGAAAAACGCGGCUUAAUGCAUGAUAUGGUCGCCGGAUUUAAGAACAACAACAUAAUAGAACGUACGCCAUGCAGUGUGAAACCAAACGUGUUUGGAUUGACUAACAUGUGUAAUUUUACAGAAGAAAACUAUGGUCUUCAUUGGUUUUGCGGGAAACCAAGAAAUCCGAAACUAAAAUGCCAGGACUGGAAGUUUACCAAAGGACAUCGUACCGACCAUUUAAGUAAAACUGAAAGACAUAUUGCGAGGGUCCACAAGCAUAUGCUGUUACAGAAAAGCCCGACAAUAACGAUAACGGGAGGUACAGAUUAUGUUCCCUCUCCCGAUCUACCAUGUUACAAGAGACCAAUCAAGGAAACUUGGCUUGAGGAAUCACCGGUUGGAUUUUAUUAUAAAGGCAAAUGGCACCAGCGAGGAUGUAAAAACACGUUCAUACCUUCCAAGAUUUCAUAUGAGACCUGCUUACGUGAUCAAUACCUGUUCUUGAUUGGCGAUUCAAAUAUCCGUUCAUGGUUUGAUCAUAUAAUGCGAAAGGGUGAUAUGGUUAUACCUAAGAAUGGAAAUGGCAGACGCUGGUUCAGUUUGAGGAAAGCUGUACGUGAGGAUUUAAAUUUUACGCUUCUGUGGGCCGUUCACGAGCUGCCAUUCUAUACAGGAGAGGACUCUCCAAGGGAAAUGAUCAAGUCUGUAGCAUGGUACAUAGAUCGUAUUCCUAACAUGAAAAAAGUGACAGUUGUUUUGCAUAAUAUGAUGCAUUUCGCUAGAACCACGCCAUCUGAAUUUCGCGAACAUAUUCGAGACGUCAAAUUUGCGAUUGGUAGACUGUUUAAGCGUAUCCCAGGAGCAAGAGUGUUUGUCAAAGGGCCACACUCUGCAACAUUUGUAGGUCUUCUGAAACCAUUGGAUUUUAUUAGAAAAAUUCACGAACAAUUAUUCUAUGAGGAAUUAAUAGAAUUUCAUAACAAAAUAACAUAUCUGAACGAAUGGGAUUUAACAGCAUGUAUUGAAAAUGUCAAUGUCCAUCCCAGUCCUUCAACCGUUGGCGAUAUGAUAGAUAUGUUUAUGUCAUAUUUGUGUGAAGCUUAGGAAUAGUGUAUCAACAACACGGUGACUCAUGUGUCAAUAAAUUUGGUGUGUGAGGCAGGAGAAGCUUUCCCUCCCAGAACACCUGGUUGUAUACUCAAUUUACUUAUACAAUGGUCUUCAAUCAAACAUAUUUUCGAGAAAAUUCACAUUACCCUUUUCAAUUGAUGUAAACUUUCAUCAAACCUGUUUUAACAACUUGGCAAGUAUAAUUCCCCUGGUAAUUAAGCAUUAUUCUCAAUUUAUUUUUGGUUUAUGAAUUCAUAGACAAAAAACGGAUGGGCAUUCUUCAUAUGAAAAAGAAUGCCCAUCCGUUUUUUUGUCUAUGACUUCAUAAACCAAACAUAAAUUGAGAAUAAUGCUUAUAAUUUUAUUGUAAUAACUAAAAGCAAUGCUUAUUAGACAUAAACCAUCAUUUAUUCAAUUUAUUUUAACAAAUUAAUAGAUUGAUGUGCGGCGCAUCAAUAUUACACCGGCGGUUCAUUGAGGCCAAUAACUGUGCCGCUUUUAAAAUUUCCCGCGGAAAACGAUCAUGUCGAACCGGUUUGAUCCAGUUCGCACUAGUCUGAGGACGCAGCCAACAGUCACUCACGGUGCUGUAGGCUAACAAAUCAGAAACACUGGAAUGUUUGUUUAUAUGUAAGAGCCUUGUGAGGAAAAUUAAACACUCAGUUAUUGAAAGAUGAGUUGGAAAACAUCCCCGAUGACAGAACAUUACUAAUCGAGGAGGCGUAUGAGUUGGACGGUAUCAGAGGCAAGUUGUAUUUUCCGCGGCCACAAGUGGGCCUACGCCAUUUUGAUUAUGGCCGCAGUUUUGAUUGGUUAUCGAAGCUUAAGUGUUGCUGAUUACACGUUUUUGGUUUGCAGAACAUUCUCGACUGUAGCUUCUGAUAGAGCUUUCGUAUCUCCGAUGACUUUAUAAUCGAUAUUCUAUUCGAUAACCAAUCCGAAAAUAUCCGACGUUGAACGACACAUUGAUUGUCGCAAGCAGACGACGUCAAAAGUAGUUCUACGUGUAUUACGUCAUUAAAAAUGACGUAAUUUUUUUCUGGCCAUGAAGAAAUAACCUUAAUUUUCCAACCAAUGAAAAUGAGUGUAACAGAUGAAAUAAAAUUAUUAGACUAUU